GGGUGAGGAGUCGCUGCGCUUCGAACACCAACAUUUCCACGUUCCUGCACCGCCCGGGCCGCCGUCAGCAGGCCGUGACCGCCGCCUCACUGGGAACACCUCUGCCUCCGUGCCGCUGUGAUUGGCAAGGUCCCAGCGCGAUCAGCUCCCAACCAUGCCCCCUCUACUAUGGCUCUGGCGGGUCCAAUCACCUUUGAGCGCCUUGAUUACCUCACCUGGGCGCGGCGACACAGGUCACAAUCCGGCCACCAAAAUCGAAUCCCAAGAACAACAACAACAAUCGAGGAAAAGAAAGAAAAGAGGGAGGAAUCAAGAAUUAUAUUGAGAGAAAGAGAAGAAAAAAAAAAAAAAGAGAAAUGGUUGGGGGGAGGAAAGAAACAAAGGAAAAAUAAUACAAAUAAGAGGAAAUAGAAGAGAAAGAAAGAGAAAGGGAAAGAGAGAGACAGAAAGAAAGACAAAGUGAGGAAAAAGAUUAUAGAAACAGGCAAUUUAGUGACCAAGAAUGAACAAUGGCUUCAUCCACCACCACUACCACCACCACCACCACCACCACCACUAGCACCUCCACCACCACCAUUCCCUCCAGACACCUCCUCCGCCUCGCUAUCCUCCUCUGGCUAGCAAAUGGAGGCGUGGCGCUGAAGUGGGUGCGUUUCAGUGUUCCCUCGUGGACGAAGCGGGGCCAGGACGCCGUGCUGACCUGCCAAUUUGACCUGGAGGGCGAGCGACUCUACUCGGUGAAGUGGUACAAGGCGGGCAGGGAAUUCUACCGUUACGUGCCCGGGGAUUGGCCGCCACAGCAACAGUUCCCGCAGCACGGCAUCUCUGUGGACGAGGCGCGCAGUGACCACCAGCGCGUGAUGCUCCGCGAGGUGACCCUGGAGGCGGACGGGCGGUACAAGUGCGAGGUGCUGACGGAGGCGCCGCACUUCAGGACGCUGGUCAAGAGUGCGGCCAUGCGGGUUGUGGAGCUGCCCCACGGCGCGCCUCGGCUGGAGGGAGGCCAGGAAGAGUAUCGCGUGGGCGAGGGCGUGAACCUUACCUGCACCAUGCCCAGCUCCGUGCCGCUCGCCACGCUCACCUGGUUCAUCAACGGCCAGGAGGUCCCGCAAGACUACCUGAGCCAGUACCCGCCAGACGUCGAUGUGCUGGGCCGGGGCGAGCCGCGUCUGGGCCUCUCCUUUCGACUGGAACGAUGGCACGUGGAGGGGGGCCGCGUGGUGCUGCGCUGCGAGGGGCGCAUCUCACGGGUGUACCAAGAGGAAGUGGUACACAGCGGCUCGGUAGUGCAGCCCCUGGUACCGGCACUGCUUGAGGAUCAGCCCGUUGGUGUGUCUGGCGGGGGUCAGGGGACAGGUGGCGCUCCCUCGUCUUUGCUGCUGCUGGUGAUGACGCUGAUGGUGAUGGUGAGGCCGUGAUUGCACCCAGGCACCUAAUCACAACAUCAGGAAGUCACCAAAGAUUCCUUACGAAGCCCCACGAUGAAUGGCCCGAGUCACCAACAAGCAAUCAUGUCACCAAUACGCCGUCACUGCUAAGGUUUGCUGCCCCUGUCAAGUCACCAUUUUGUCACCAUUACGCUACACUGAUUACGUCACUAUAGCCCUAUCACAAAGGGUCACUCAUUGGUCUGCGUCACAAUUCCGUCACCAAAACCAUCACCAAGGUCUUCUGAUUAGUCUGCGUCACCAAGGUCUCCGCUGAUCGUUCUGCGUCACCAUUCCGUCACCACAACUAUCACCAAGGUCUUCUGAGUGAUCUGGGUCACCAUUCCGUCACCACAACCAUCACCACGGUCUUCUGAGUGAUCUGCUUCACCAUCGUCGUCACUGUGUCACCAGGAAGGGUCGCCGCGCAGGUCAAGUCAUCCUCGUGUCACCUGUACCGUCUCGUCUCCUGGUGAGGUUAUCCUGUUCACUCCACGACGGUCUGCUCUGGUUGCUGUCCGGGUCACCAGUACGUCACCAUCGCCUGAAAUUUUAAUCGUCUAUACUGCAGUGGCUGGUUUGUCUUUUAUGCUCCGUUUUUCAAGGCGUGGUUAGUUGGUUUUGUUACUCUAUUUAAUCACUUUUUACGACUGAGUUUGUAAUAUGUCUACUUAACUGUGUGAAAAUCCAACACUUCUAACUAACCUCGUCCCAAAAAUGAAAGCAAAAAGCCAAACUAGCCACAGAACUGUUAAUAAACACGAAUACGACGUUUAACAAAGCUGGCACUGUAGUCACUGUAAAAGUUUGCUCCUGUGAACACGUUACCUUCACGUCACUGUACUCACGUCCGUGGCCACAAGUCUGCUGCCAAGGGUCAGAUCUGCGGGUGUUGCUUCUUAUGCAGUCUUUUCGUCUUCCCCAGUGACCUGGUGGGUAAAUGGUUACCUGGAAAGACCUGGGGAAGGUAAACUGGGCUCCCUGGGGACACCUGGAAAAAGUGAACUUGGCUACCUGAGUAUACCUGGGACAGGUGGAACUGGGGUACCUGGGGAAACCUGGGGAAGGUGAACUGCGGCGGAGACACGGGAAAAGUGAGCUCUGAGCAGGGUCGUGUAAUUUGGCCCACUUCAUCAAAGGCGCCAUGUUGUUACCAAGAGAGCCACGCGAAAUUCAAAUUGAUGCUGAUAUAAUGGCGCUUUUCGUGCUCUGGGUAACUGUUCGAGAUCCUGACAAUACAAAAAACACACGCGAAAACAAUAUUACACCAAAUCGGUUUGAAUUUCGCACGGCUCUUUUGGUAACUGUGAUGAUUGGCCAGCGAUGAAGGUAGCCACACUCUCCUAUUAUGUGCCUCUCGUGUAGGCCAGGACCACCGCUCUGCAGCCCCAGGCCUCGCGCUCCUCUGACACUCGCGAUGACUCCUCAUUACCAUCAGCCUUGCGCUCCGCCCCUCGGCUCCUCGGCCGCGGCACAGCCUGACUCGACACUGGACUUUUGCAAUGUUGUUUAUUGUCAUCCUUUUCUACGCCAGCUGGACGUUACUGUUAGGCGUCUGUGGAUGGUCAACUCGGGGAGAGCGCUAUAUUUUUAUUUUAUUUUUUAUCUACAAGAACGGAAGCAGAUCAAAGGUGAUGUAACAGAGAAACAAAGAACCCCGUAAGUGCUGCUCCUGUAACAGAAAAUAGAACUGAGUGGCCAGAGGGAAGGGUCAAUUUAGGCAGAGAGAGAG